AUGGCGUCGCAACUGCUUCCUUUGGAGUUGAUUGACAAGUGUGUCGGCUCCAGAAUCUGGGUUGUUAUGAAGGGUGACAAGGAGUUCUCCGGGACAUUGCUUGGUUUCGAUGACUACGUCAAUAUGGUGUUGGAAGACGUGACUGAGUUUGAUUACGCCGGUGGCAAAUCCCAGCUUCCCAAGAUCUUGUUGAACGGGAACAAUAUCUGCAUGUUGAUCCCCGGAGGAGAGGGGCCAGGCGCCUAA